AUGACAAAUUCACUGCUUUUGGUCAUACCCAAUCAUAAAAAAAAAGAUUUAAGAUUAUGGCCCCUCUCUCUCUCCCUCUCUCUCUCUUGUGCGCGCGCUCUCCCCCUCUCUCGCUAUCAGCCAGAACGACUGUAUUGUGUUUAUCUAGGAUCCAAGUCCGUUAGUUUUUUUUCUCUCUCUCUCUCUCUUUCGCAUUCUCUCUUUAUCAUUCUCUCACGUGCUCUCUCUCACGUGCUCUCUCUCUCUCUCUCUCUCUAUCUCUCUCUAUCUCUCACUCUCUUCCUAUCAGCCAGAAUGACUAAUUGUGUUUAUCUCGGAUCCAAGUCCGUUAGUAUUUUUCUCUCUCUUUCUCUUUCGCAUUCUCUCUUUAUCAUUCUCUCACUCUCUCUCUUUCUUUCUUUCUCUCGUGCGUGCGCUCUCCCUCUUUCUCUCUCUCCCUCUCUCUCUUCCUAUCAGCCAGAACGACUGUAUUGUGUUUAUCUAGGAUCCAAGUCCUUUAGUUUUUCUAUCUCUCUCUUUCGCAUUCUCUCUUUAUCAUUCUCUCUCUCUCUCUCUCUCUCUCUCUCAAUCCUUCCACCAAGACGGCUUUUGGUAGUUCUUCUCCCCACUCUUUCACUGUCUCACUUUUUCCCCCUCUCUUCAGCUGAAACGAUUGUAUUUGUUUAUUAUAUGCUACUCCCUCUAUCUUCCUCUCAGUUCUUUUCUCUUUUUCUCUCUUUCUCCUUCUUCUCAUUGUCUGUGGUGUUUAUUGAUGCGAUGAGAAAAUAUUGCUCAUCUUUACAUGUUAUUUUCUCCUAA